AUGUUCCCCUCCCUUACCUCAGUGCUGCUGGUCACAACACUGACCAGUGUCUGGGCCCAAGACUUAUAUGAGGACAGAAAAGUUAUCAAAAAACCUCGGACAAGACCUUUGGCUGCAAAUAUUCAUGAUGGACAAGCCAUCCUAGAUGAGGACUGCAGCUUGGAGCUCUCCUUCCUGUUGGACAGCUCUGAGAGUGCAAAGGACAAUCACCAACAGGAGAAACAGUUUUCUAUGGACGUGGUGGAUAGACUUCAAGGGAUACGGCUUCACACCGGCCGCAGCUUGAGCUUGAGGGUGGCUCUGCUACAGUACAGCAGUCAUGUCAUCACAGAGCAAACCUUCAAAGACUGGAGGGGCACAGAGAACUUCAAGACCCGUAUAGCCCCCAUCAUCUACAUUGGACAUGGUACCUACACCACCUACGCCAUCACCAACAUGACCAGGAUCUACCUGGACGAGUCCAAUCCUGGCAGCAUCAAAGUAGCCUUGCUGCUUACAGAUGGCAUUUCCCACCCAAGGAACCCUGACAUUUUCUCUGCUGUCGCUGAUGCCAAGAACCAGGGUGUCAAAUUCUUCACUUUGGGCAUCACCCGAACAGCCAAUGAGCCGGCCAAUGUGGCCCAGCUCCGUCUGCUCGCCAGCUCUCCCGCCUCCCAGUUCCUCCAUAAUUUACAGGACAAAGACAUAGUGGAAAAGAUCGUCACUGAAAUUACUGGCUUGGCUGAUGAAGGAUGCCCCCUGGCUCAGAAAUGUGCUUGUGAGAAAGGAGAGAGGGGACCCAGUGGGCCUGCGGGGAAGAAAGGCCGCUCCGGAGAUGAUGGUGCCCCAGGGCUUAAAGGGCAUAAGGGUGAAGCAGGACUAAGUGGUUUACCUGGACGAGAAGGCAGUGAGGGAAAACCAGGUUACAAAGGAGAGAAGGGUGAGAGGGGUGAGUGUGGCACUCCGGGAAUCAAAGGAGACAGGGGUCCUGAGGGUCCACUUGGAUCGAGAGGACUUAGAGGUCUGCAGGGGUUACCAGGACCACAUGGGGACAUUGGAUCAGAGGGUCCUCAGGGAAAGCAGGGUGAACGUGGCCCAUCCGGCCCCCCAGGAAUUCAGGGGGAAACUGGUAUUGGGCUUCCUGGCCCAAAGGGUGACAUUGGAUUCCCAGGCCGCUCAGGUCCACCUGGUCCUCUAGGAGUUGGUGAACCUGGUCCUCCUGGACCUCCCGGAACACAAGGUGUUCAAGGGGAGAAAGGACCACUAGGCGAGGGCUUCCCUGGACCAAAGGGGGAUCGGGGGCUUGCUGGACCGAGGGGGCCGAGGGGACAGCAGGGUGCAGGAAUCAAAGGAGAACGGGGUGAACUAGGACCCCCAGGUCUUCCAGGGCUGACUGGACUGACAGGAGUGGGCAUACAGGGAGAGAAGGGAGUUGAGGGUCCGAGAGGUCCACCAGGAGGAAGAGGAAUUCCAGGAGAAGGUUUACCUGGACCUAAGGGAGACCAAGGUUUACCAGGAGAGCAGGGAGCUCUAGGAGAGAGGGGCAUUGGUGAGCCUGGUUCAAAGGGAGAACCCGGAGCAGCUGGUUUAGGUGGCCUGCCAGGACUACCAGGAGAGGACGGAGCUCCAGGACAGAAGGGGGAGUCUGGUUUACCUGGUUUAAGAGGUCCUGAGGGACCACAAGGAAUUGGCACUCAAGGGGAGAAAGGUGACCAGGGUCUAAGAGGCAUCCGUGGGUUACAUGGGCCUCCAGGGAUCUCAGGACCCUCUGGACCAAAGGGAGAACGCGGGAUACCAGGACAACAGGGCAUGCCAGGGCAGCCAGGACGGUCCGUAUCAGGAUCCAAAGGAGAUUUAGGUCCUCCUGGUCCCCCUGGCCAUGUUGGGGAAACAGGCCAUGGACUACCUGGUCCAAAGGGUGAUCGUGGUCAUCUAGGUUUACCAGGUCCAGUUGGUCCAAAAGGCGAAGGCGCCCCUGGCCCAUUGGGUCCUCCUGGCUUACCAGGCUUACCAGGUGAGCUAGGGCCAGAAGGAAUAGGAAUUCCUGGUCCAAAGGGUGACAUUGGCUUUAGAGGAUUGCCAGGUUUGCCCGGCCCACCUGGAGAGGGUUUACAAGGACCAGCAGGCAAUGUUGGGAGACCAGGAUCUCCUGGUCCACAUGGACCUACGGGAGAGGGUAUUCAAGGCCCAAAGGGUGAGCCAGGAUCUCAAGGUAUGACUGGACCUAGAGGACCUCAAGGAGAUGGAUUUCCUGGAGCUAAAGGUGAUCGUGGAUUACAGGGUGAACGGGGAAUGAAGGGUAUAAAAGGAGACUUUGGAGAUCCUGGAGUCCAUGGUGAAGCAGGAAGACCAGGAGCAAAAGGAGAUCCAGGCCUCACAAGAGAGGACAUUAUUAAGCUGAUUAAAGAGAUCUGUGGAUGCGGUGUCAAGUGCAAGGAAAGGCCAAUGGAGCUUGUUUUCGUCAUUGACAGCUCAGAGAGCGUUGGUCCUGAGAACUUUGAAAUCAUCAAAGACUUUGUCACAAGGCUGGUGGACAGGACCACAGUUGGACGUAAUGCAACAAGAAUCGGGCUGGUCCUCUACAGUCUGGACGUCCAUUUGGAGUUCAAUUUGGCUCGCUACAUAAACAAACAGGAUGUGAAGCAGGCAAUCAGAAAAAUGCCUUAUAUGGGUGAGGGAACCUACAUUGGCACUGCCAUCAGAAAGGCAACUCAGGAGGCUUUCUUCAGUGCCCGGACUGGAGUCAGAAAAGUCGCCAUUGUCAUCACUGACGGUCAGACUGACAAACGAGAGCCGGUCAAACUUGAUUUAGCUGUGCGGGAGGCUCAUGCUGCAAACAUUGAGAUGUAUGCUCUUGGGAUUGUCAAUUCUUCUGAUCCGACGCAGGCUGAGUUCCUGCAAGAACUCAACCUCAUUGCCUCUGACCCCGACAGUGAACAUAUGUACCUUAUUGAUGAUUUCAACACUCUACCAGCACUGGAGUCUAAACUUGUCAGCCAAUUCUGUGAAGAUGAAAAUGGCGCCCUUAUCUACAACCGCAUUACAAAUGGACACUGGAAUGGCAACAAUGGGCAUGGGCUUGGUAUUAAUGGAAACAAUGGACAUGGAGAGAAUACCAAUGGAUAUAAUGGCUAUGGCAAUAAUGAUUAUGGAAACAAUGGAUAUGGAAACAGGAAUGGUUAUGGUUACCAAGAGGAGAUCCAAAAUAACAGACGCACCGACAGCCGAGGCCGUGGAGACACUUUCACUCUGCCCAUCAGUGCUGAUCCUCUUCCUGUUAAGGUGGUGGAAGAUGAUGAAGGUGAAGAUUUAGACUUAAGGGCCCAUGUGCGGGGCGGCAGCAUUGUGGCUAUAGUUAACAAAACAGCAUCUUUAUUACCAGUGAGAGAAAGCUUCGUCUCCAAUGAGGCAGUCGUAUCAUCAUCGUCAUCAUCUUCAUCUGCAAAAUCUUCAUCCACACUUGGCUCAGUUUCAUCCUUUACUUCUAAUCAGUUGCAGCCUGUGGUGAGUCCGGUUCAGCCUGAAGAGGUUGCUCCCCUCAGUCCCCGCUGUCACCUAAACUUGGACCAAGGCACAUGCCGAGACUAUAUCAUCCGCUGGUACUAUGACAAGCAGGCCAAUGCCUGUGCACAGUUUUGGUAUGGAGGCUGUGGUGGAAAUGACAACCGCUAUGAAACAGAAGAUCAGUGCAAAAAGACUUGUGUACUCAGAACAGGAUGA